AUGAGAGGAAAAACAGCGGCGUUUUCAAGUGCAAAAUUUACUAAAUAUAUUUAUUUAAUAUUAAUCGUUUUAAUGCAGUUAACACUAUUAACUGUUGCUAAUAUUAAAUGCAUACAAUGUGGUGGCAAGGAAGAAAUUUGCAGUACAGACCUUAAAGAAGAACCUAAAGAUUGUCCUGAUAACCAUCAGACAAAAUGCUUUACUCAAAUUGAUACCACUGGCAACAUUGAAAGAGGAUGUAAAACUGAUGAUGAAGCCAAAACAUGUAAGGAAGAAAACAAUUGCAUUAUCACUGAUGAGGGAAAAAACCAUCAAUUUAUUUGCAAAAAAUGUUAUGCAACCGAUAAAGAGUGCUCACAAACCGAUAUGAAUAUUAACGAUCUGAAAUACUAUCAAAUCUGUGAAGAGGGUAUGAAGAAAUGUAUAAAGAAAGUCGAUGAAAAACUUGUCGUUAGAGGUUGUGCCACUGAGACUGAUAUCAUCAAGUGUACCAAUGCAAAUGUCUGUGAAAUAUGUGGCCGUAUCAAUUGCAAUUCUGGCAUAUUUCCAAAAAAACGUAUAAUUUGCUAUCAAUGCACUGGUAGCAGUUGCCUAGAUGUUAAUGUUAAUAAUAUAGUUUCCAAAGCCUGUGCUAAUUACGAAGAGGACGAUCAAUGCUAUACCAUAGCCAAGAGUGAGACCGACAUGAUACGUGGUUGCAAGUCCGAUAGAACGGCUAAUCCAUGCUCUGAUGCUGCUGAGGGUUGUGCCUAUUGUUCCACCGAUAAUUGCAAUCAUUUAAAGUAUAAAUAUAAACAAGUACUCAUGUGUCAUCAGUGCAGCAGUGAUGAUCAGGAAAACGAAUGUUUCAAAACACAAACUAGUCAGGUAUUUGAGGAUUGUAAAAAUGAACUUUUUUACAAUCAAUCCGAAUACUGUUAUCUCCAUAUGAAUGUCUUAAAAAUUGAACGUGGUUGUCUUCAUGAUCGACCGCUGCUAACAGUUGACAAUUGCCAUGAUGAUGAAAAUUACAUCUGCUAUAAGUGCAAUCAUGCAAAUGGUUGCAAUAGUAACGAGAAAUAUCCCUAAAGACAAUCGAAAAAAAUCUCUUCUGUUACACAAAAUAUUAUUUUAAAUAAAAAUUUGUUUUAUUACUUUUCUAUUCUAUAUAUAUUUCCGAUAUAGCAUAGGUUAUCGUCUGGUCUAUAGAGCACUUUAAAAUCUGUACUAUAAGAUACCGUCAUGACUUUGCCAUUAUCUAGUGUAUAGCCUUAAUCUGAAGUGUGUUCUAUAGACUAAUAUACAAUGUGAACGAUAUUCUAGUCUAUAUUCUUGACUAUAGUCUCAAUAAUAAUGUGGUCUACAGAAUGGACUAUAAACUAGUCUAUCGUCUUGUUUUUAGUUUGUUUUAUAGUGUAAUCGAAAUUCUGGACUAAAGCCUUAUUUAAAGUUUGAUCUAUA